AGUCGCGCGCCAAGGGGAGUGGCCGGGUCACGUGGCGCGCGCGUUGCACGCGGCGGGCCUAGAGACUGAGCGCGCGACCUGGUGCCAGUGUUUGAGGGAGUGCAGUGCUUAGUCUGGCGGGGGUCCUGCGAGCCAGUAGGCCGGGUGCGGGAUCCUGCCCUCGGCGCGGCGGCCCCGGAACGUGGCGCCCCCACGUGGCCGCCGACCCGCGUGCGGCGCUCGCAUAUUCUGCGGGACGGCCAGGGCGGAGGGAAGGUCCGCGGUGAGGACCCCCACUCCCGGCUGGGACCACGGCCAGCUCGGCUUCCAGCCUCACAUUUGUCUUCUCUCCGACCCCGGGCUGGGCUGCCGGGACAGGAGCCCCAGAAGGCUCGGUGGACAUGCAGAGGAGAAAAGUGCCCCUGACAUGGACGUGAGCGGCGAUCGAGCUCAGUCGUGACUGAGCGACCCCAAACGCCCAGGCAGGGAUCGGGUGACUGUCGCCGCCUGCACAGCGAGAGAAGCGGGCGGCGGGCCUGGGGCUCUGCGAGAUGGACCCGGGCGAGGGCCGGCUUGCACCCGGGGCGCGCGCGCUGGAAGGGCCGUCGGGCUCCGAGACCCCGCUGCAGGGGACUGACGGAGACAGCGGCCACAGUGAACAAGAAGAUCGAAAUAGAAUUUCUCAGGAACUUGUAAUGGUUGUUCAAGAAAUGAAAAAAUACCUGCCAGCGGAGAGACACAGGAAACCAAGCACCUUAGAUGCCCUCAACUAUGCCCUUGGCUGUGUCUACAAUGUGCAAGCAAACAGUGAAUUCUUCCAGAUUCUCGGUGGACAUGAGUUACCUCUGGCAGACGCGACAGUGUACAGUCCCAAGGAGCUGGCUGCUGUUGCUGCAGAGCUCACUUGCAAGAACACAGAUACCUUUGUGGCAGUCUUUUCAUUUCUAUCCGGAAGGUUAGUGCAUGUGUCUGAACAGUCCACUUCGAUCCUGAAAUGUAAGAAAGAUUUCCUGGAGUCCUCUCACUUUGUUGAUCUGCUUGCCCCUCAAGAUGUGAGGGUGUUCUACACACACACUGCCCGAGCUCACCUUCCUUUCUGGAACAACUGGACCCAAAGAGCAUCGCAGUAUGAAUCCGCGCCAGUGAAAUCCUUUUUCUGCAGGAUCCAUGGAGACAGCGGGCACAAGAGGUGCUACUCCCCGUUUCGGAUCGUCCCUUUGGUUCAUGUGCACAGCCCUGCCCUCUCAGAGUCGGAACCUUGCUGCCUAGCGCUGGUUGAAAAGAUCCACUCUGGUUAUGAAGCUCCUCAAAUUCCAAUGGAUGAAAGAAUUUUUACCACAACACAUACCCCAGGGUGUGUUUUUCUUGAAGUAGAUGAAAGAGCAGUGCCUUUGCUGGGUUACCUACCUCAAGAUCUGAUUGGAACAUCAGUCCUAACAUACUUGCACCCAGAAGAUCGUCCUGUGAUGGUUGCGAUACAUCAAAAGGAUGCGUGGGAGGCUUUGUCCUCCUCUCAGAGGCUGAGCCAUGGAGUCACCUACACCGAGUCUUGUGCAGGUUUGAGGAAAGGCCAGCGCAGCCCGUCUUACCAGCAGAUAAACUGUAUCCAUAGUGUCAUCAGGUACCUGGAGAGCUGCAGUGCCCCCGACUUGAAGAGGAAGUACGUCUCGCGUAGGAACACAGCUUCCUCGUCCUCAGAGGAGGACAGGCCGCUCCACAGCGCGCACAGCGCCCAGGCUCUGCAAGCUGCUGCACAGACCCCCGCCAUUCCCGCGCCGGAAGUGCCAGCAGGAGCCCCGGCCUCGGGUGCCGCGCGGACCCUGACCCUGUCCACCGCAGCGCUGAGCGUGGGCCCGUGCAGCUGCUGCAGCACCCUGGUCCACAGCCCUCGCGUGGAGUCAGCAGAGGAUGCCUCUCUAGCGUGUGGGCCCGGCGGGGCCCUGGGCACACAGCCGGCUGCCCUGGCCUCAGAAGGGCUCAGGUGCACGGGGCUCUCACAGGCUGCGCUGCUGACCCACACGCAGAAGGAGGGGCAGGACUACGUGGCCCGGUUCCGGGAGCGGCUGCUGUCCUCGCCCUGUAGCUGCUGCCUUCAGCAGGAGAGCGGAAGCACGGCCGAGAGCUGCCGGGUCCAAGGGGCUGCGGCCUCCAGGCACAGCAGACCGGCUGGAUGCAGGAAGGGGCGGCACAAGCGGAAGAAGCUGCCAGCGCCGCCAGGCUGCUGCAGCUCGGGCAGCAGUGUGUGUCCCCACCACAAGGGGCUGCUUUACAGGGCGCAGCCCUGGGGCCCAGCUGCAGCCCCGGCACCCCAGGCCCCAGGCCUGGCACUGCCCGCCACCACUGUGCUGCUUCCCGGCCAGGACACUCGGCUCCUGCCCCCGCUGCCUGUCCCAGCCAUGACUUCCCUGGGAACGGAGGACGCCGCAGCCUGGGGGGCCGCACCCGCGGGCCUGCCCACAGCACCCUGGCCCAGCAGCGGCCUGCACGCUCCUCCUGCUUUCCCCGCUCCUUACUCGGAUACUUCCAUGGCCAUCCUCCUACACGCCCCUCCCAUCUGUCUUCCUUGGUCACUGCCCUUCUCUCCACAUCCCCGCUCGGGGGCCGCAGGCGCUUCUGAAAUGCCACCCGCAGCACCAGCAGUGGCUCCAAACCUGGAACCGCCUCCUUCAAUCGACAGCCAAGGGAGAGAGGACGACAAAUGGGAGACACACAGUGAGGAGCCUCCAUGCCUGAAUUCGAGGAGCAGCUCGCCACUGCAGCUGAAUCUGCUCCAGGAAGAGGUGCCGGGCCUGUGGCUGUCUCCCGCGCCAGCGAGAAGGGACCUUCACCCCAAGGCUGAGGGUAUCAGUGAUGCUUGCUGUCAGCACACAAGCGGGAAACACUGUGUCAGAGGGAGCAGGGGCCGCCCCGACCUGUCCAGGACAUCCGUUCCCAAGGUGUCUCCGUCCGGAACUGGCUCUGCAGCCUCAGGAAGCAGCGGCAGCAGUGUCCCCCUCACCAGGAGCGACUGCUCUUCUGAACUCUCCGAGGACAAGCGGCAGUCUCCAGAGGGGCAGCAGGAGGAAGCCCGUGGCUGCGUGCCCGACGACUCCAUCUGGAGGGUGAUUGAACGGAUGCCUGAACAUGUGCUCAUGACCUACCAGGUCCCCGCGAGGGUUAAAGAAGUCGUGCUGAGAGAAGACCUGGAGAGGCUGGAAAGCAUGCGAGCGCAGCAGCCCCAGUUUUCUCCUGGACAGAAGGAAGAGCUGGCCAAGGUGCGUCCGUGGAUCCAAGGCCAGAGUGUCCUUCAAGAAACACGCAUCUCAGUCAGCAGAGUAACAUGCGCUUCCCGCUCUGAGUCCCCGUAGCGUUCUCCCGGGAGCCUGCUGGAGCGUGGAGCCCUCACAGCUCCCUCUCUGGUAGGUGCCAUCCCCCGCUUGACUGACGUGCCGUGAAGGCAGGCCUGCGGUGCCAAGGAAGGCCGUUCAUCGGGUUUUGAAUGCAGGGCUUUUGACACCAAAUGUCUUUCUUAAACUGCUUGAAAGGUUGGAUGUGGUAAAAAGCCCCUUUUAUGUGUGAUGGAGGGGGGUGGGAGGAGGGGUGUACCAGGUCGGCAUUUCAAGUACAUAGUCACGUUUCAAAAGAGUUAAAAUUCCAGCGUGUAUGGUGGUGUGCACCUGUGACCCAGGCUCUGAGAGGCCGAGGCAGGAGCACUGCAAGGCUGAAGUCAGCCUGAGUGAAUGAACGACUGAGUGAGGCUCUGCCCCAAAAAGAAAAGUUUCUAAAGACUGAGGAUGUAACUCAGGGCAAGACCCUGGGUUCAGUUUCCGGUGCUCCCCACACAGUAAUAAGCCGGAAGACUGAAAACAACCACCAAAGCAUGAGAUGGCUUUCAGGGUGCAAACAAGACCCCAGAGGUAGUGUGCUCACCGUACCUAGCGGGACCUGGAGCGGCCACGUGGUCUCCUGCAGUGCAGGGCCUCGGAGCUCACCUGUUGGCCAGUGCUUGCCCCGCCGGUAGCAGCAGCCUUCCCUUUCCUCAAGGGUCAAGGCAGGGAGGGUGAGGAGGCGGGUCACAGUCGGCACGAGAGUGAAGUGGCGUGUUCAGAAACCCGGACGCGCACCGGCCCUUGCCGGCUGGUUUCAGCGCGCAGGUCAGGUUACCGUGUUCCGAUGGUCGUGCGGUCAGCAGCGGCUGUUUUCUGAACGCUUCUUCGCAGGCAGCGGGAACGCGGUGUCCAGGAAGCGACCCCAGUUCACUCCCCAGCCCUGCCCUUCACCACUCACGUCCAGCUGGCACCGCUUUCUCCCUGCACGCCUGGCUGCCCGCCGCCCUUGCCCCGGUCGCCGCCUGCUGCCAUCUCUCCCAUCCUCUCCCUGUCACCUGUGUACCUCGGUCUAGCUCUGUCUCUUGCAGACAACGUGUGAACUGCAUCUUUUUUUUAAGCAUUUUUCCAUCUCAGAUGUUUUGUUGUUUCGCUUUGCUUUGCUCUGAAAGAUAAACUCAUUAAUUUUUAAAGUAGUUCCUCAUCAACAGGGACUUGGCUUAUGACAUUUUGCUGUGUUUUUGUUUUUUGGGUUUUUUUUUGUAUCGUCUAAAGCUUUUAUUGUCCCUCAUUUCCUCCCUUAUUGUCGUCGUUUGUGUUUGGCUGGGUUUUUUUGCAGUGAAAUGUUGUAAUUCUCUGCCCAUUUCCUAUUAGGUAUAUUUUCUUUUUUUCUUUUUGGUAACAGGAUGCUUACCUUAACAUAAAAACCGCUUCUGUAGCCCUUCACCCCCAUCCACCCCCUUUCAGGAAUUGUUACCAAAUUCAACCACAAUACAUGGUGGGUCCAGAAACACGUAGUUGGUUUUGCAUGUCAGUAUCUUCAGUUAUGUAGAAAACAAAACGUGUGAUUUUUAACCAAAGUUACAAAAAUCCUGCCUUUUAGGCUGACAGUUUUUCUUAUGUAUUAGUCUCUUACAGAAAAAAACGGAGUUAGCCAUCAUCAUCAUUAUUAAGUGAGAACGGCCCUCACACUUGCCCUGUGCUUGCCUCUCCUGGGCAGUUUCGCUCGUGGCCGCCGGGCUCCGGCAUUUCCUGCGCAGCAGGUCCGGGGCACCGACGCCUCUGCUCUGGUCUGCGGGGCGCCUCUCCCCUCACUGCGGAGGGCGUGCCUGGCACAGGCGUCUGCCGACAGUCCUGUUGUUUGUGCCUUGGGUCUCUGGGUCUGCGCCUCGGGGAAGCCCCCAGCCCUCAGCCUCCAGCCCCCGAGCAGCAGCUGCCGACGUCCUCGCUGGGGGCCCGCGUGGGCAGCUGCUGCCCACUGGCUGCUUCUCCACGCUCCCCGGUGGUGGAUGCUGGCUACGGUGUGCCCUUCCGUGAGUUCUCUUGCGUUCAUCCUCCCGGCCAUCUUUGAGCUGCAAAGGUCCGCGCCUUUCAUUAUCCCUCAGCCCGCGGGCCUCUUCCUUCCUGUCUGUCCUCCUCCAGCUGGGCCCACAGGGCAUCCACUGCCCUCUCUCUCGCUCACCCCGUGAGGUGAGGCUCCGCUCACUUCCCUCCACCUCCCGGCCUUCUGUGCUCGGGCUUGGCCGUCUUCCUUCUGCCUUUGGAGCCUGUGGGGGCCGAUCGGACCCCAGUUUACCAAUGAGGUGACGGCGAAGGAUUAAAUAAAGGAGAGAGCACAGAGUGGUUUGUGGGGGUCCAGAAAGCUCAGAGCUCUCUUCUGCGGAAGUUAGCACUUACUGGGUCCCUAACAUGGCAGGGGCUGCAGGAGAGUCAGGGCACAUCCGAGCCAAAGCCCUGAACAUGAGCAAGGCCUUGGGAAGUUAGCACAGAGACGUCCCCAGCGCUGUCUUGCUAAUUGAGAGAACUGCCUUCUCGAGGCUGGCAGUUAGGCCCUGAGUUCGGGGUGAGUGGUGUCCUCAGCUGCGUCUGGCCUUGCUUCAGAGGCGUCACAGCAUCACAGCCCCCUGCAGGGCUCUACUGGGACUUGGCACAGGCAGCUCUGUUUUUUUGCAUGCCAGAUGCUGGCUCUUGGCCAAGUCACCUAGGCCUGGAACAGACCCAGGUAGAUACAGAGAAGCCCGUUAGUAAUCCACACCCUGCUCCCUGUGCCUCGAAGUGCUCUCCUCAGAGCCCCACUAGGGAAUUUUUUUUCCAGACACAGAGUGUCGUUUUGAUUUCUCACUGCUCUUUGUGUUGCUUUAUUAUUUCCAUUUUGUUCUCACGUUGUCUUCUUGGUCUUGUCGUAUCUUCCUUUAGUUCCCUGAGCAUCUUUACAAUAUUUUUGUUGUUGUCUUGUUUUUCGAGAAUGUUUUAUUUUAGAUGAGAUUGCUUUGUUUUGGGAUGUCUUUUUGGUUUUGUUUUCUUGGGGGGAUUUGUGUGUUUUUGUACUGGGGAUUGAAGCUUGCACUUCACAUAUGCUUGACAAAAUGCUCUACCACUGCAUACCCCCUCGGCCCUUUUUUUUAAACUUUAUUUUAAAGCAGGAUCUUUAGUAAGUGCCCCAGGCAGGCUAUCUACUGUGAUCCUCCCGCUUCAGCCUCCGGAGUAGCUGGGAUCACAGGCAGGCACUCCUGUAUUCAGCUAACGUGAUUGUUUUAAAGUCCCUAACAAGUCCACCCCCCAGUCUUUCUCGGAAAUUGUUUCUCCUGGGUUGCAUUGAGUUGGGUUGGGUUUUUCCCCUCUGAGUGACCUAUACUCUCCCAUUUCUCGUGUGUGCCUUGUGAUUUGUUGUUGAAAACUGGACAUUGGAAUCUAGUUGUGUGGUAACUGUGGAGGCGAGGUCCCCCUUCCUCGGGCUUGGCCGAUUUUGCUCUCCGAUUGGGGUGGCUGAGUCCGUGCUGGAGAGCAGCAGGAGUUGAGGCCUAAGGACUUGGCAGCCUUGUGCCUGGCUGCCCCUCUGCAGCUGCCUGCGUGGCCUGGACUGUGAACGGCUGCCUCUCGAGGGAGGGAGGCAGAAAAAGGAAAUCAUCUGGAAGUCACUUUAGUGGUAAGUGAGGUCACAGAAGACAGAAAACAGGAAGGAGACGAGGAAAAUCUAAUUGUAAAGUUGUACUCUGAAGAAACAUUGUAGCUUUAGGACACCAGGUUACCUCAGGUGACGGUGCCUGUUUCCCUCCUGUGAAGCUCCAGAAACCCUUCCCAAGGGGCUCAAGGCCCAGCAAGCCUAUAAGUGAAGCUUAGGCUCUUCUCCCGCAGACCAGACCUCCCUGCUCUGUGAAGCAGCUCCCAAGCCCGAGCUGAGGGCCCUGGAUCACACCCAGCCCCCCACUGCAGGGUGCCUUGCAGAUGGUAGCAACAUAGCCCCAGGUCACCUGUCCCAGAGGCACCCCCAGCUGUGUAAGAGCCUCAGGCCGUGCUGGCACCCUCCAGGGCUCUCCCUCGCUGCCUGUGCCCUUCUGUGGUGCUGCCCGGAGCACCCUCACUAGCCUCGCCCUGGGCCCAUGAGAAAAUCAGCAGCUGCAGGCUGCCCUUCGAGGGGCCGGGCAGAGGGCCCCCUGCCCUUCGGGGCCACCUCAGGCCCUGCAGCAUGCCGCAGAGUCUCCAGGCUGUACCCUGCAGAGGGCCCUGCUGGAGCCCCCUUGGCACAAGGAUUCACUGGACAUGGAGACUUCGCUGCAGCUCUCUAAACCCUGACCCUUAAGUGACCACAGGGUCAUCACAUCACCGACACAAAGACUUUCCACUCUGCCUGUGGGCAGACAUUGUUUUUCCAAAGCAAAGGUUGUGUGUAGAGCCUUUUGUUUCUGAUGUCUUAAAAGUGCCAGUGAGGCCCUUUCUUUUUUUUUUAACUGUUUUCCAAAGAGCCUGGAUUGUCCCUAAAGAGGCCUGUGUGUGGCAGGACCCUAUAUUGAUGUCACCCAGAAUUAAUCAGAAGCAUCCAGAAUGAACCUAAACCCCACCUCGUGUAUUUUGCUCUUUUGUUACGUGCAUCUUUCCCCCCUUAGAACGAGCACUUGCAGAAAUCCCGCUUACACUCGUAAACGUGGCCCCGUGUCCCGCGUCUGCGCUGCCUUCAGCUGGGCUCGGUGCAGCGUGGUCUCCUGGUGGAGGUGAGGCCCUCCAGCUCCUCUGCAGGGCGCCGCCCUGUGGCGGCUGGUAGUGAGUGCGGGCGCCUCUGGUUUUCCACACCUUCGUUCUUGGGGCUGCGUCUCACUGGCACUUCACCUUGCCCUGACCCUGCAGCCUGCCUUCCCCUGCACAUCUGUCAGCGCACAGGAGGCCUAGUCACUGGGCACCUGAAGCCAGCAUUGACCCAGGUGAUGCUAAAACCAAAGAGCCUCUCGGCCACGGGUCUUUACCGGGGAUCGAACUCAACCGCCUGCUUGCAAGGCAGGUGCUUAUGCCGCUGAGCUAAAUCCCCAGCCCCAACCACUGGUCUUUUUAAUGUGUAUGGUUUUAAAAUAAUGAUUACAAAAGUUUAUUGUAAUAGCUGAUACUGUCCUUACAUGCUUAUGUGUUUGAAUGUCCAGUCUUCAUAGCUUUUUUUUUUUCUUUUUUCACCAAAUUUACACAAAAGAGGUCUCCCUGUGCUGACCAGAGGUGUGGCCGGCACUGCCCUGUGUUUGCCAGGAAACAGGGUUAAGUGUUGGGGACUGAACACGGAAAUGGAGCUCGGGGACUGAGGCCUCGAGGACAAGGCCCUUCGUCAGGCUCAUGCCGCCUGGAAGGGAGCACGACUCGCUGUCUGCUCGCCCUGCGGCUCUUCAGAGAAGUCCUGGGGGGACGCACGAGAGCGUGGGGCUCAGGCGGGGACACAGAAGCACGCGGAGCUGCCGGCGGCUGGUGCUUCUGCAAAUACUGCAGCUCUGUUACGUUUCCUUCUUGUUGUUUUGUUUUAGGAAAACACUUUAUAGCUUUUUAAAUAAAUAGAUGCUCCUAGUGAUUAGGAGAAUGAAACUUACUACCCAGGAUGAUGCUGGACCCUGGUUCUCCGAUCACCGGUCUCAGAGCUUUCCCUAAAGUGCUAGUUUUCUGGAUUGUGUCUGAAGGUUUCCACACCAUUUUCAAGUGCUGCCUUUGAUAGUUGUUGGAAUUUUCUAACAUUAAGCAGUUCAUGCAAAUGUUCCUGUUUUAUGAAUAAAAACCUCAUUCCACUCCAUUUGGAUAGGGCAGUGAUUUUUGAGGCCUUCUUUGUGUGUUGGUCAAGUUCUAUAUUUUUUCUCUUGGUGAAAAAUCAAAAUAAAAUUAAUCAGCCUAUGCAUCUUCCACUCAUGAUCUUCUAUAAUAAGGUUUUUAGUUAUGUAAAUGCCUGGAGCUGACUGACUCUUUCUGCAGCCAUGUAUGCUUAUUUCAAAUACGAUGUUUGUAUGAUGUAAGUGCUUUCCCUUUGUGUCUGGAUAUUUCUUUUAUCUAAAACUGCUCAGCCCUUUGCCUUAGUACACACUCUGUGGAGUGCGCUUUAUGCUCGGCCUGAUUGAGCUGGCACUUGCAGUGAGCAGACCUUUAAACCUGUGGCGGGGCCUCGUCUUUCAGAAGCAGGUCAGCGCCAGAGGCUGCUCCUGCUGCAGGGCAGAGGGCCGGGGGUGAUUCCUGCUGCCUCCUCGGGGCCGCACCUGUCAGAACUUUCCUAUCAGGCUGACUGACUUUCCCUGUUACUGACCAUGGGAAUUAGAAAUGAAUGCAUACAGCAUGGGCCUCAAUGUUUAUGUAAAUUUACCCCAAAAGCUUUAUAUCCUUGGGUCCGAGACCAAGAUUCAUUGAAAAUAAGAUGCUAUAUGGAUGGAAUAGUUUUGCAAUGAAGUGUAACUUUUUCAUAAUUCACAAGGUAAAUUUAAUCCAUGUUGAAAAUGUUCCAGGGCUGGAUGAUAUAAGCACUUGCCUGGCAAGUGUGGGGUCAUGAGUUCGAUUUCUGGUACAAAAAAAAGAAAAUAUGUUCCAAUUGCACUUAGCAGUUUGUUUUUAAUGAUUAGUAAUAUUUUAAUUGGGUAUCUUUUUAAAGUAACAAAAUAAACCAUGACCGUGUAAACUUGAGAAAGCGUCUUGCAUGUGUAUGCAUGAUGUUUAGUGCAGUUUGUCAUGAGCCAUGGAAGUUCCUGGUCUGCACUUGGUUCGCAUUGUCAGUGGUGUCUGCGUUCCCACAUUGGAGGGUGCAGGUAUCUGCCAGCUCGUUAGCGUAUUUAAUCCUCUCUUGAGCACCCUAAAGGACAUGUUGGGUCCCCCGAAUAUAUAUAUAUAUUUUUAAUACUUGCUAGUCUUAAUGCCAGCUUAAUAAAAUUCAGUGUCAGAAUUACUCUUGCAGAUUCUGAAGGGAAACCUGUGUUUACAAAGUCUGACUGUGUAACAGUGACAACAAAAUCUAGGAAUUGUCGUAUGGACAGAGAUGCUGAAGCCACACAGCGUCUGGGGGUGGGGUGAGGCCCCGUGUCUGUGGGGCUCUGCUCACCCACAAAGGGGAGCCUGCACACUCCUGCGCCCAGCUCUGGAGGUGAGUGUAUGCACGUGGUGUGGGCCUUCACAUGGUCAGUAAGCUGGGCUGGUUCUCCAGGCCUCCUCAGCCUGUAGGGCUUUCCCUGAGCACAGUGUGGCCCUCGAGGUCCCAGGAGCUGAGAACCAGCAAGUCUCUUGUGCUGUCGUGGCUGAGAGGGAGACUCCGAGUGCCCCGACCCCAACAACAGAGAUGUCAGACUCCCCAAGCUAAGAUGCUACUCAUUAGAAAGCAGUAACUGUACCAGAUGCAGUGGCGCACAUCUGUAAUUCCAGCACUUGGGAGGCGGAGGCAGGAGGCUGUCUGCAAGUUGGAAGCCAACCUGGACUACAGUACAGAGAGAGAUCCUGUUUCCAAGAAAAAUAAUAAAAUACCAAAAAAGUAAUAACCUAUGUAGUCAUGUUUAAGGUAUAGCUAAAGUAAGUCAUUUCCUUAAAUUGCAGUUUAAUGAUUCUGAUUAAAUCUUUAUGAUUUUUUUCUUGGUAUUCUGUUCAUUUACUAAUUUUACUUUUAAACUUUCAAGAAAUCCUUUUAAGAAUAAAGUGAAGGAAAGAAAAACGACAGAUUCUCAAGACACAGAGCCACCCGUGACACUUGCAGAAGGGGAGGGGUUUAUUGCCCGGACCUCGUGGGGUGUGGCCCACUGUGCCCGAGGGCCCGGCCGCAGGCCUCACACGCAGUACUUCCAGAAGCACUCGAGGGCCGCCCCGGGUGGCGGCUGCUGCUGUCUGCUGCUUGCCAGGAGAUGACUCAGUAACAUGUGAGGCUCUUGUCCAGAGGGAGCCUGAAACCAGAACAGGCCAGGCAGGACAGCAGGUCAGCUAGGGAUGUGUUCAGCCUGCUGCGGAGAGGAGCAGGGCCUGCACGCCUCUAAGCAGCCCAUGCUCCGCUGCCCCUGGGGGUGCUGGGGGCACUCCGGGGCCAGUGGGUGGCCCCGGCCUCCGGGGUGUGGCUGCAUGUGUUCCCCUGACCCACGCCAGCCCGUGUCCGUGCAGCCCAUCUGACUGACUUGUCUGUCCUCGGGACACAGAUCUCCAUGUCUUGGAAUUAACUUAGUUUCCUUUGCAUUCUGCAAUUGGACGGGGACACCCGACCCCCAGCACCGCCACUCACCUUCCUCACGGUUCCUCUCGGGUGGGGGGCAUCGGUCUGAGGCUCUGGGAAGCGAUUUUGAAACUGGUUUAUCAAUUCUGUUGUUUCUCUUGUAUCUGAUUUUAAAACAGAAAGACAGUGUGUUUCUCAAGUCUGUCGGGCUGCGUCUUCACAGGGCAGAGAUGCUGACUUGAACGAAGGCAGGAGCCCUUUGUACUGGGCUUCACGGGCCACCCUGUGUAGUCCCCAGUAACCUAGUGAUUCUACCGCUUGGUAACUGGACCCCUUCUGGCUGUCAGAGUCUACGAGGGGCUCAGCUGCACCCCGGAACGCCCUACCCCACCCUGCAGGGCUUGGCCAAGUAACUGCAGGCUCGGAGACAGAAGCUCAGGGCUGACAUUCCACUGAUUACUCUCUGUGUGACUGGCUAACAUGUGACGGGCACUUUCUCCGCCAAGGAAUCCUGUCAGGUGGCUCUUUUCAUCCUUCUCAGUCCCUGGUCAGAACCUCGGGUCAUAGAUUAAGUGAGAUGCUUACGCCUCCCCCAAGUUCCGGGAAAGCGGGAUUUACCCUCAGCCUCACUGCCCCGCACAGCCUCGGAACAGAGACUCGGGCAGGCAGGAGGAGCCGCCGCCAGCCUUGGGGUGCCUGCGAGGAGUGGGGCGAGGGUAGAGGGGCGGAGAGGGCGCCUUGGGCCCGGGGAGGCCGUCAGGUGGGGCCCGUGUCUUUGUACAGCUCGCCUUCAGACUCCAGCCUAGGGCUGCCUGGUCUGGUGGGUGAGACUGGGGGAAGGUUCCGUGGCACUGAAACCAGAGGACGCACGCAUGCGAGCCCCGUCCUACCUGUGCCCCUGAGCUCGGUGCCCUUCCCUGCGCCCAGUGCUGCAGGCAGCAGCCGCAGGAGGGUCGCCCUCCCCAGCGCCUCCAGGGCCAGCCUGGCCUCUGCAUCCGGAGCUGUGGGGUGAGAACAGACACGCAACUCAGCCUGCCUGCCUGCAUCAGUGCUUCCCGUUCUGGUCCUCCUCGGGCGGGGCAGGGAGAAGAGCAGGCACGCUUCCAUCCCCAGGGUCCAGAUCCACCGGGAGUCACUUUAAUAGGCGAGGUGCCAGCCGGUGGGAGUCGGCGAUAGGCGUCUCACGCUGGCCCUCGUGGUCUGCCUGUGCGACUGCAGCACCGCCCACCUGCCCUGAGCAGCAGCCACAGCUGAGCUGAACCCCAAACCCGAAUCCCCCGGCCGUAAGGUCCUGUCCCUCAUUGUGUCCUCCGCUGCCCUCGGCCUUUAGCCUUUAGGUGACCCGGGCGGUACAACUGGAAAGAGGGAGGGAAGGUCGUGUCCUUCCCCUGCAUGGAGAGGGUGGGGGGGGGGGCUCCAGCUGGACUUCUGGGUGUGGCUGCAGUGACACUUGGAUCAACUUCAAAAUAAUUUUAAGGAGCUCGGCCAGGGCCUUUUGUGUGAAGUGGGAUCACCUGGCAGCUCCCACGGCCUGGGCUUCCAGCCAGCACACUCUUGGGAGUGGGGCGGGCCGUGCUGGGACCCCGGGUGUCGCCCGCAGGCUGCAGGGUGGCGCGGAGACUGCACCAGCCUUGAUUAAGGUGCCGGAGCAUGUCUGCAGCGUUCGUUUCUGAAGCCUGCUAGUCAGGACAGAGGUGGGAUCAAAAGCUGCUUCCACUGCGAGAGCGCUGCCCUCCUUCCGUUGGGUUCUUAAACUGUAAUCCGCGUAACUUUAACACGACAUUAAAGACAACACUGAAUCCAGUUAAGUGUUAUAGAACCUAGUAUGCAGCCUAAUGACAUUCCCCAACCUAAGUGGCAGUUACAAAGCAAGUUUCUGCUUGAAGGAUAUUUUUCACAUUCAUCUUGGAUGUCAAUGGAAUGAACAUAGCAAGCAGAAGUACGUAGACCUGGAAGUGGGUGCCUCAGCCUCCCCUUGCCACGCUGUGGCUUGUGAUCAGCCCCUUUGCUGCAUCAGAUGUUUACUCUUGUUUUUUGGUACCAGGAAUAGAACUCAAGACCUUACACUUACUAGGCAGGCACUUCUGCUACUGAGCUGUAUACCCCCGGCCCCGGAUAAUUAUUCUUACGAAAAUAAUGUAAUUUAUCACUGGGAGGAUACUUCUGCAUUCCAGUCCAUUUAAAAGUCAAAAAUCAUGGUGCUUUAAAUUUAGUGCAAUUUUACGGGGUGGGGGAUAUUGACCACACGUUUGGAUUAUAGAGGAGACAUGAAUUAAGCAGUGUUGCAUUUUAGAGAAAACUUGGGUCCCCUGCUAAAUCUAGGUGUGCAGUAAGGGUCCCCUGCACAGUCCAAAGCUGAGACUGCCGUGGAAGAGUCCUUUAAGCAGGACUCAGGAAUAACAUGGGCAGAAGGCUCCUCUUACCUGGUAGCUGGAGGGGCGCUUCUGGGGGCCCCGAGACAGGAAGAGAGAAGAGCGGGUGCAGCAGUCCCAUCCAGAGCAGGAAGCGGGAGGCCAGCUUGUCCAUGACUGGAGGCGGCAGGAGCCCUCCGGCCCGGCUUCUGAGGGGAGCUCUGAGCCGGCUCCUGCGCAUUGCGUGGUCACCCAUUAUAUAGACCAUUCUGUGACCUCAUAUCGUCCCCUCCAAAAAAAUAAAAUGAACUUAUUGGCUGCGGAGGCUAAGAGGCAAUCACUUUGCAUUGAAGUAAUUUUCAAAGUAACAGUUCAUAGACAAUAAAUUUACUGUCUGUGGCUCAGGAGCUAUAUAAAGAAAGCACAGUUAGUUUGCAAGGCUGGCAGAAGGAGUCCUUCGCAGCAAUAAAUCACGCGUUAAAGAGGGACGUGAAUUGAUGUGACCGAGGCAGAGGGACGUGGAUUUAUGAGUCCUUGCAGAAGUGACGCAGGGCGUGACAUGAAAUACGUUGGUUUCCUUUUGUUUUCAUCUUCCAUCACCAAAGAGAUGUGUUGUCCUAUUGUGUGGGGGCCUUCCAGGGCUGAAGAAUGAUAACCUGUGGAUUAAACCAAAACAAGUUCUUCAAAACAGUGAAGACAGCCAUCUAGCAGACACUUCCAGGCUCAGGUUUGUCCUCUGCUUAUAUUGGGCCCAUGUAAAACGUAGAAGCACUCGAGUCUUCUGAGAAAAGGGUUAAGCCCUUCCCUUAAAGCGAUUGUCGCUCACCAAACCCCGAGAAGGUGCCGAUCAACACCUCCAGCACCUGACUCCUGCUCACCGCCUCCACUGCGCCCGCCUGGUCCCAGCCUGGGCUGUUGCCAUGGUUUCCUGCAGUCUGCAUCCCAGCCCCAGUCUCACCCCAGCACAGCAGAGAGGUGGUCAGCACCGAAGGCCUCACCAGUGCUUCCCCCAGCAUCUUCCUGUGACUCGGACACAAAUGUUAGACACGUGGAUGACUAGGGGAAAAGGACCGCGCACCUUCUCCACCUCGGGGCAGGUGACUUUCUUGGGACGUCAGCUACAGAAGAACAAGUUUGAGACAGGAAUUCAAGCGAGCUGUACGCCACGGUGACUGUGGGUAGGGAGGCUCGAUGUACACUUGACAGCCACUCAGAGUCGCUGCAAGCAUUCUCAUCACCAGAAAAGUGACCUGUGCAUUAGAUGGUUUGGUUUGAUCUUUCCACAGUGUGAGCCUGUACCAAAAUAUUGCACCGUACACCGUGAAUGCAUGUACGUUUUGUCAGUAAAUUAAUGAAAAGCUGACUUCAACAUUAGAAAACAUCUACCCUUUGAAAGGUACAGCUAAGAAAAUGGGAAAAUCAGCCACACUUUGGGAGAAGGUUCACAAAACCUGUGCUGCCAAAGUGCCAUUUUAUAUUUAAAAGUCGAUAAGCCAGGUGAGCCGAUUAAAAGAGCAAGAACAGGUCCAGGCAGAUCCCGCACGAGAGGUAUGCAGUGGGCACAGGAAAACCAUCCAGCACAGCAGCCAUCAGAGGAACGUGAGUCCAGGCACAAGGUGCCACUGCGAACCACUGCCAAGGCUGCGAUGCAGACCCAGCCUCACACCUCAGGAAGCUCUGAAAAUUUUCAUAAAGAAGCCUGCAGCUCAGUAUGGGCAUGGUGGCACUCACCUGUAGUCCCAGUACUCAGGAGGCUGAGGCAGGAAGAUCACUGUGAGUUGGAGGCUGGCCUGGGCUGCAUAAUGAGUUCAAGCCCAGCCUAAGCUAUAUGGUGAGACCUUAUCUCUUAGAAAGAAAAAAAGAUGAAGUCUUAUAGUUCAGCGCGGGAGUGCUUGCCUAGCACGGGUUCAGUCCCCAGCACUGCAAAAUAAACAUACUAAUCGGGCUACCAGAAGCACCUCUCCCCCGUAAGAGAUCAUAGAAGUUAAAACAGAAGAGAGGUUCCGGGUGGCACAGUGUUUUACUAACAGGGAGAUCUUUUGCUCCCUGUUAUGGGAGAGGGACCUAGAGAUGCACAGAAAGGGAGGGAGGGAGAAGGGCAGGGGAAUAGGAAGAAUUCAGAACCAUAAGGACGUAUGUCUACUCCCAAAGAUGAGUGUAGACCUUGGGUUCGGCAAACGGACUAAUAAACAACUCGCCCCUUCUCCCGCAGCGCUCUCCUCGUCCGCCCUGGGGAUGCUGGGCGCCCUUGCCUGGGCCCCCGAGCCCCCACCACGCAUUACACGUCGUGUGCAUUUGUCCCACAUGACAGGCACUUGAGCACCUGUUCAGUGCCCUCGGGGACAGUGCAGUGAGCAAGAGCUGGCGUUUCCAGUGGGAGGAACGGACGCCACAAGGGGUCUGGGCGGCUACUGUAUGGAGUAAAACCCAGUGGCGGGCCAGGCGUCAAGGAAGGAGCGGGUCCAGGGCCAAAGCUGCUGGGAAGGGAUUUUGUGCAGAAGCCCAAGUUUUUCUUUUUGGCAGUCAAGGGGAGUGGAGGCAGGAAAUCACUGUGUAGUCCAAGUUGGCCUCCUGCUUCCAGUGAUCCUCCCGCCUCAGCCUCCCAAGUGCUGGGGUUACGAGUGUGUGCCACCACGCCCAGCCAGAAAGCCAAAAGAAAAUGGGCCCAGCAGAGGAAAUGGUGGCGCUGUGGCCUGUGCCUGGGAGCACUAGAGGAAGAGCCCCGCAGGCAAAGGAAGAACGUGAAGCAAUGAUGGACAGCCUGGGCUUGACCACCUGGAGUGGGCCGGGUGUGCUUGAUGGGGACCCUGCCGGGGCGUGUGGUGCAUGCUCCUAUCCCUGGUGGCCUGCUGGGUGGAAGGUGCUCCAGCCGCUCAGGACCCACCACACCAGUCUCCCAGCGUCUUCACAGCCGCCUUGGCCUGGUGUGGGACUGGCUGUGGGUAAAGGGGACAGAAACAUGGCCUUCAGGAGCCUGAUGUCACAUUGGAGCUGCGAGAAACCACUUAUGUCCAGCUGGAGAAACCAGAUCCCACUGGGAAGGCCCAGUGGCUUCCAAGAGCUGCAGUGACACAGAACACAGGAGCCAGGGUCCCGCCGGCCUGGGUUGCCCGCAGCAGCAGCUCGGGGCCGGUUGUGUGCCGUGACAUCGCUCUGCCCGUUCAAAGCUCACUUUCUCUCUCAACCAAAAAUAAAGAUCGUCUUUUCUUUCCCCUGUAUGUGUGGCCAGAAAUGCCUCUGCCACUGACCAGGAGGACCACGGGCAUGUACUUUCCAAACCACAUCCUACGGGAAAGGGAGACUGACCACAGAAGUCUGUCACCUGCCACCGUAGCUGCAGAGGUGACUUACAGCAAAGGCUGCCAACUCAUGCUGUCUUGGAGGCAGCAGCAGCCACUUGUCACCAAGAAAGCAGGUUAGAAAUCUGAAAUCCAAGCUCCUCCAGAUCUCCCCAAGCAAAGCUCUCACUGGGUGUUUCUGAAGAAAACGCAUCCACGCACUGGACUUCAGACUGCGGGGACCCACAUUUAGUCUACACCUCCCAACUAAGCCUGUGAGUCAGUGGGUCAGACAGCACAGCAGCAUGGGAUUUCAGUGGCCAUCAGAAAAUAAUCGUGCCAUUUACAGGUGGUAUGAUUUAUACUCUGGGCUUCUCGCAUGAGAGAAACGGUGAAAUAUUUAAGCUCAUGUGUCUGAAGGUACAUCCAUUUUCCUGCAGACGACUCCACUCUGCCCUGGGGGCACAGUAGUGCUGCACUGUGUGUAAACUCCACACCUUCCUGAAGAGCACAGUAGAUACCAAAUAGAAAACAGGAUGGAGCUUUUGCAAAAUGGAAGGGAACGAGGAAAUGUGGGGCUAGAAGGGGGUGCAAAAAGUUAGGACGGGUUGUGCGUGCAGUUCCCGCGGUGAGCAUGGUCUAAGGAGGUGCAGAAGGAAGCCCUGGACUGUGGGGACAGACAGACAGCGGUGAGGUAAGACGUCAGGCGGCGGCUGCUGGUGGGAGAUGGCUGUCAGCAAGCGCUGGAUGGGAUAUUACAGCGCUGAAACUGCAGAGGGGGUGCUUGGGGUCAAGGGGUGCUGUGCGUGUGUGUGUGUGUGUGUGUGUGUGUGUGUGUGUACAUAAGCACUUGGGUUCAGAAGUGGAAGGCAUAGUCCGACACCGGGCCCUCUGGUGACCCCUAGGUUUGGGUCCAAAGGAAGGUGACAGAAACUUCAGCUCACUCACUGUGUUCAUGUCCGUGUCUGUCUGUGUCUCUGUCUCUCUCCGUAUCCACGCCUGGCUCUUCUGUCUGCCUCUGUCUUCUGUCUGUCCCUCCCUCCCUCCCUCCCUCCCUCUCCCUCUCUGCCUUUCUCUCCCUUCCUCCCUCUUUCUCCAGAGGCGGCUGCUUGCCAGGAUUUGUCAUCUGGUGACUCAGGGUCCUCCUGACAGUUUUCCUGACGGUUUACAGCGUGGCCUAAUUAAGUUACUACCAAAGGCUUAAGCUCCAAAAACUGAGCCUCCUUCCUCCAGCAGGCCAUCAAUGACAGUGUCACCUUGUCCCAGAAAUGCACCGAGCCCGUCACUGGCCCUCGUGACUCAGAGCAGAGCGAUGCAGCCCGAGUUUAUGUCCCAGCUGGUGACCCUCGGCCACCCUGGCACCUGGGCCGCCUGUAUUACCUGUGGAUUUCCUGCUCCAAGCCGGGGUGGGGUGGGGUGGGCCGUGCGCAUCACGGAGCAGCAAAUGGCAUCUUGGGGUGACUUUGGCUCUUAGGACACCAGCGUCCACCAGAUAGCGAUUUGGUUUUUGCUUUGAAAUGGAUCUAAACUCGCCGGCUCUGCUGUGUUUACCUUUUCAAGCAGCCGUCGCUUGUGAGCACUGUCCUCAGCCAUGGGGACAGUGGGGUCCUGGGAGCAGAAGCCAGGAGGAGGUGGCUUUGCCAAGCAUCCAAAGCCAGUCUGGUACUUAGUGACGGGCACCCUCAGAGUACGGGUGACCCAGGAGAUGUGAUUGUGCCCUCUGGUGAGUGUGAGGGUCUGAUUCUGAGCAUUGAACCCAGGGCCUUGCCCCUGGGCUCCAUCCCCAGCUCAUCUGUAGUUUUUACUUUGAGACAGGGUCCCACUGAAUCGCUGUUUCCCUGGUUGGGCUCAAACUUGCAAUCCUCCUGCCUUAGCCUCCCGGAGUGCUCAGGCCUUUGUUCUGUGCAGACCUGGUCUGUGGAAGCCCUGCAGCUAGACAGUGCCCCACGGCCACUGUAAGAUGGUUGAGAUGUCCUUGGGCUCCUCUGUCAUUUUCAUUUGCGUAAGAUCAUACACUACAGGCUCCGGGUAGAUGGGGGAGAGCCUGGAAUGCAGGCUCGAAUGUGGGGUGCAGGUGGGCUGGUGGGAACAGACAGAUUCUGCUCAAUGUCGAGGAGCCAGCGUGUUUGACCCGCGAAAACAAAACAGAUGUCCUCCCUAUAGCUGAGCAGGGUCUCUGAACCGUGUGGCCGCACCCCAGAGCCUGGGUGGGGUGGGCAGACACUGAGUCCUGGGGUGUCACCCGCAAGGGCUGCCAUGACAGCACCCAUAACUGGGGCUCCCGGGCCAUGUUGGGGUCUGUACCUAGACCCCCAAUCUCCCAAACAGGUGCACGGCGAAGGCUCAAAGGGAUGAGACCCGUGGCAGGGUCUUCAGGGCUGCAGGAGGAGUGAAGUCCUCGGCAGAGCCCGGAACUCUGCCAGCCGCCAGCUGACUGACGCUCGUAUUUACCCAGAACAAGCCAGGAGCUGAGUGGACAAUGGCGGAGAACUGAGCGGGACCUCGGGAGGGGCUCAGGGAUACCUCAGAGCACAGACGAUGCUAAGUAAGGAAAACAAUCCAGAAAGUCUCCAGGUGGCCCCAGCUGUGGCCCGUCUUGCCCCCUGAGGUGUCUCCUCGUUCUCAGUUCAGUCAUGCCCAGGCCACGCCACAGCCCUGCACGUGCACUCUGCUUCAGUGGUGCCUACAGAGCCACAUCUUGGUGCUCACACAGUGCUGGAGGGCAAACAACAAAACGAAGACCGUGAGGCGGGCAGGCUGGGCUCUCCUGGCAUCCUCCUCCUCCGUGUCCUCACCUGGUGUCCCUCCAUGUGAACCUGACAGGUGUACAAGGGCACUAGCCCCUCCUGUCACUCACUGCGAUGACCUCGUCUUUUCUCUGGUCGCUGCCACAAGGCCCAACACAUAAUGAGGCCCUGGGGUGCAGGACCUCGAUAUCUGAAUAUGUGGGGUCACAAGUCCACGCCUGGCAAGUGGGCAGAGAAGUCCUGCCUGCUUGUUUUUGUUUUUGUUUUCGCUUUUCCCCCUGUACUGGGCAUCAAACUCAAGCCUUUGACACUGAGUUACAUCCCCAGCCCUUUUCAAAUUGUUAUUCGUUUUUAAACUUUGGAGGCAGGUCUUGCUAAGCCACUCAAUUGCUCGGGCUGAGCGCAAAUUAAAAAUUUGCAAUCCUCCUGCCUCAGCCUCUGGAGUGCUGGGGUUACAGCAAGUGCCCAGCUGAGCCCAUGGUGCAAGGAGGUGGGAGGUGACAGAGCUGUUCCGUGGGCAGCCCCAACCACACCGGCCACCUCUUCCAGAGCCUCUACAGGCCAGGUGUGAGUCUGGAGGCGCCCUGUCCAGGUCCUCCUGCAGGCAUAGCAGUGAAGCAGAACCCAGAAGGUGGUGACCUCCUGGGACAGGAGAGCCACGCUCCAUCCGCCUCAGAACCCGGUUUCCCGAUAGGCUCAAAAUCACCUCCCUCACCCAACCACGCCUGCCCUGGUCCUGCAGGGGCCUCACAGCUGGACCCAGCUCAGGGGCACCUCGGAGCUUUGCCCUUCCCGAAGAGCCCCUACUGGUCCACUCCAUGAGAGGACACCUUCACAGAGAGUGUGACAGGCCAGGCUUCAGCUCCAACAUGUCACCCUCACAAAGUAGCACCCGCAAUGGAACCAGACUCAAUCACCGACGAUCAGAGAGCCAGUUGAAUAGACAGUCUUGAUUCCACUUGCCAAAAAGCGAGGUUGCCUAAAGAUACAUAACUUCUGAACCCCGAUAGAUGUGAGCUGGCGUCACAAGCGGGGUUGUGCUCCCCAGAAAUCCUGUGUGGCAACCUCACCCCUUGAGGAGCAGUCGAAUGUGACUGUGCUCGGAGAUGAGUCUUCAGGAGGAAACGAGGUUGAAAGGGGGCCACUAGGCUGGACCCUAGUCCAGUGUCCCUGGCAUCCCCCCCUUGGAUAAGCGAGAUGCCAGGGACGUGUAUAGACACAAACAGGCCAUGUGCAGACUUGGGGACCAUAUGCCACCCCAAGCCAAUGAGGGGUCCCCGGAGAAGCCAGUGGCCCCUGGCACAGACUUCCGGCCACCGGAACCAGAAGAUGAAUGCAGUGCUGGGUUACAGUGUUAUGUAACACUGGUGACGGUGUUAUGAAGGGCAGACCCCAGGGCCAGCACCUCCUAAGCGUGCCCUGCUCUGCAGUCACAGUCAAGACAGCGGGAUAAUGUCUUGGCCAGUCCUCGCACUCGUGGAGGAGGCUGUCUCGGGGAUGUGCGUUCAAUCGAGCGCCCGUGUACGCCCCGCCCCGUGUUGGGUUUCAGGAUUUGGAUCUGACUUCAGACUCAGCUUAGGGACUCUGGCUCCUUCCUCCAGGAUCUACCCAGACGGCACGAGGAACACGGUGUGAGGUGCUGACUCAACAAGGGUGACCCCAGGGGACAGCCAGCCCUGAAGACAGCCCCGAGCCCAACAACCUGUCUUCCACAGGGUGAACCAGGAAGCCCACGUCCCCACUGCUGUCUGACAGCACAGGCAGCCUGGGCGGGUGUGGCCCCUUCUCCCUAGGGAAUGUUGACAGUAUCAAAAUGUACAGUGUCCAAAUGUGUGUCUCCCUUCCCAGCUAUGCAUGCUGAAGCUUCACCUCCUGUGUGGGGAGCUGGAGGGGAGGCUUUGGGGGAAUUAGUUAGAUCAGGUCAUGAGCAUGGGGUCCUCAGACCUGGGCGGCAUUGGCCCUUAGAAGCACACGGAACCCUGCCGGGUGAUGACUCGGCCACAGAGCCACCAACUGCACAGCAGGCGGCACGUCCUCGUCCGGCCUCCACCCCUGGCAGGGGUGUCUGCUGAAGGCCAGAGCUGCAGGACGCCCCUGCUUCCAGAUGACAGGCUGCCCCAGGUCCUGCAGGUGGCCGAGAUGAAGCCAUGGUGGGAGGACUCCUGGUUUGUUUUGUUGUUUUUUGCUACAUUGACAUCUCCUUGCGUGACCUUGGCCACAUUAGAAGGUGGGGGCCAAUCCCUUGCGAAGGUGGAGGCCCCUGGACUCAGACCCCUCCACGGCGGGUUCCCAGGAAAAGCAGGGCUGUGUGGCUUAGGCCAUCCCCAGGAGAAGCACACGAGCGAUGGCGCCAUCCCCAGUGCCAAGAGCGUUCUUCUGCUGAGACUUCAGAAGCAGCCAUGGCGAUGUCCCCUCUCGGUGCCUCUCCCUGGUGACAGCACACAGGCCGAUGCUGAGCUUCCGGGCACUGCUGUCCUUGUGACCUGGGCAGCCGCUUCCCAGAGGAGGAUGUGCUGCCCUAGCGAGGACAUUCAGGCCUGGGCCGGGGCCAUCGGUGGAUGCGUCACAGCCCGGUGAUGGCCAGCGUGUGCCCGAGAGUGACAUCUAAUAAAUACCUGCUCGGCUGACUGAUUCACUCCAUCCACUUAGCAGGAGGCUCGUGGAGGAGGCUGGGGAAAUGACUCAGAUGUCCCCGGAAUGGUGCCGCGGGCUUGGGCCACCUGUGGUCACAUCUCUGAUAUUAAAGGAAACGUGUAGCUACAGAGAAUGUUAACUGCUGCUGGGGGGGGGUCCCCAGAAAUGAGAAGUGACAGCACCAUGUCGCCCCAAUCUUGACGCUGUGAGGAGAAUCGAUUCGAAGGCAGCUGCGCGGUUAUAGUGUACGACUUUCAUGUCUGUUUCCCGUCCUUAUCCCGUGGAGCUGAAGGCAGGGCCGAGUUAUGUCCCGGACCCCAGCAUCCCUGGGCUGAAGUCCUAACCCAGGGCCCAGGCUGUGAGCAUCCCAACGACAGGGUCUUUAAGGUUCAAGGGGCCACUAGGGUGGGUCCCGAUCCAGCAGCAACAGCGCCCUUCUAAGGAGAGGUUAGGACGCAGAUACACAGAGGAGCCCCCAGGGGACUCUGGACCCCUACCACCCUCGCACCCAGGAGCAGGGCCCAGGGAGAAGCUGGCCCUGGGAUCGGCUCAGUCUUAGGCUUCAGCCUCCAGAGCUGGGGGGACCAUCUGGUGAACCACCCGGUUGGCGGGGCCUUACUACGGCAGCCACGCGGGCAAACAUGGGGGCUCUGACCUCCAUGCUUCUGGUCAUUUCAAAUGUCACCACAAAGAAAAGUACAGUGUCCACAGUGCAUCCAGAUCCCUGAGUGCCAGGGUUUCAGGUGAGAGUGCGCCCUUUUCCCUGAGAACAGGAGCGACUUCCAAAGUCCUCUGAUGGCAACGCAUUAGUUACACCGGCCUGCCACAGUGCAGUGUGCAGGCGCUGCUGGAAAGUCCACUCUUCAGACUGUAGGUGGGCCAGCUGGAAACAUGACCCCGUGUCUUCCAGUUUGUGAGAAGCAUGCCAUUUGGUUCUUCUCCCGCAAGAUGCUUGAUUUUUAUAGCUUACGUCUUCCGUGAGAAUAGGAACCAUUACAGGCAUCUUGUUCUGCCUUUCAGAGAGAUUUGUAGAGAUUUCUCACUCACGUGACUCUGAUGUCAUCGACCUGAUUCCGCACAGAUUAAGUAACUGUGUAAUAAUUUUUAAGUUCUCUCUGUGGUCUUCAUAGACCUGUUCAGGAUCAGCAUUUAAUUUACUUGAGUCCCUCCCGUUUAAAAAUUCCUGUUAAAAAUAAAAUAGUGACUAUUGA